AUGGUGGCAACAAUAGACCAUAGUCAUGCCUGUUUGUGAAGUCGUUUGAGAUCCCUGAGGGACGGCAAAGGACUGUUGUUUUGUUGAAGUCCAUUAGCUCAAGCACAGUUACUGUAGACGUAUUGAACUUUUCCUCACUUACAGCUUGGUGGUGUUGAAGAACUGCUGCUUAAACUCGUGCCUGGGGAUUAAUCUGUUCUCUGAACAUGUCCAAGAAGGAUCCGUGCCAGAAACAAGCCUGUGAAAUACAGAAAUGCUUGCAAGCGAACAACUACCUGGAGUCCAAGUGUGAAACUGUGCUUCAGGAAAUGCGGAAGUGCUGCGCCCGGUACACCCAGGGCAGAUCCGUCUGUUGUUCAGGGUUUGAGAGAGAAGAAAGGGAGAGACAGAAGUUUAAGGUGACUUCAGAAGGAAUUCCCCCACCACCUCAGUAACACAAUGCAGCUCCAGCGGGUGCUGGAGCGUGGACUCACCUGCAGAGCUCGUGUGUGUUUUUUCAAGCCUUCUUUAGACUUUCAGGAGAGCCAGACUGCUCCUAGAACACACCGUUCGGCACACCAAAAAGUAUAACAGUACCAACAGAUGGCCUGGUUAACAAACUGUACCUUCUAUACGAAAACAUCAUCUAUGUUGCCUCUGCAUCACACCUGUGAAAAGUCAACUCAGUGUUUUUAGAAUGCUUACCUUACUCUGAUCCAUCCUUGCUCUUAAAAUGGAGAAUUGGAACCAAGUUAUUCUGGCUCCUGGAGCGAGAGGUACAGGAAAUGAGCUCAGAAGAGUGAGUUUAAACGUGACACAUGAAACAAGCCCAUCUUCACACAACAAAGGUAUUGCUGCCAUCAUGCAGUAGUUCCAGACAACGUUUGCCUGUCCAGUGGUUUAAGCUCAAGAGUGGGAAUCAGGUCUGAUGAUUGUUCCUAAGUCUUGCAUAGAUCAUGAGUGACUACAAGUCACUUUGCCUAAGUGCCUCCCUUUGCCACUGGGCAGACUUGUUUAUUUUAUAUUUGAAUUGCCUACACGCUGCUAUUUGCAUGACAAAGAUGUUACAGGAACAUUAUUUCAGGGAUUGCUACAGGGAUAGGAUAUUUUUUAAAAAAAGCAAUAUUCAUUUGAAAGAUCUGACUGUUGAUACAAAAUUUAUAAAUUAUGUCUAAUUGAACACCUUUUAAGCAAUAUGUUAUGAACCCAGUCUAGUUCAACCUGCUGAAACCCAAAGGCCUGUCACAGAGCCCUGGGCUAGAUCCAAGAACUGACUUAGGUGCUGCUUACUGAACAAGCAGUUGUAGGCACUGGUUUUCCACACAGCAUUCCAGACUCACCCACAAUCCGGCUGUGUCUGGACCCCAGGAGAGAUGGCUUUUCCAGAAGCUCUCGCCCACGCAGCAGAAUUUCCUGUGACCUGUAGGAAGAGCUCAGUAGACAGGUUCCUGCACCGCCCUUCAGAGCUGUCUCGCUGUCCCCUGUAGCAGGAGUCCAGGCACCUCAAUAUCAGGCUCCACACCCACUAGGCCCUAACUCUGUCACUAGAUCUAGCCAUCAAGGACUUUGCUGUGAGCAAGUACAACUUACUUAUGAAAUACAGCUUCUAUAAACAGACCACUGAGGUCUAGGCACAAUAGUUGUGUGUUGAAGCCUAGAAGAGCAAACCAUCUGUAUUCACUGACUCUGAAAUACCAUGGUACAAAAUAAACGACUGGAACAAA